AUGGCGACGGCGGAUCGCAGCGACAAGCUGACCGACUCCGCCUGCCUGAGUUUAUCCGCGGAUCCGGGGACGCCGGUCUGCGGGGUCUCUACUGAGUUACUUCUGGAAUCCUUGUCUGAUAUGGACGUGAAGAUACACAAUAAUUCACCGGAACACGUCUUGGUGGAACCCACCACUUUGAUGAAGAACAGGACAUGUUCCAUCCACAAGGAGGUCUUGAAAUAUUACUGCUAUGAAGAUGCUGUGUGUCUCUGUGUCUCCUGUGGGCAGAAUGGGAAGCAUGAGGGACAUCAGGUGGAACCUCUGGAGAAGGCAUCUCAGAAGAUGAAGGAGAAACUCAGAGCCGUUCUUCAGAAACUGACCUCUGAUGGAAAAGAGAUUGAGAAAAGAACCCGGAGUCUUGAGGACCACAAAACUGAGAUACAAGGAGAAGAAGACCGUAUGAGAGAGAUGGUGACUGUCCUGUUUAACAAUCUAAGGGAACAGCUAGACACGCAAGGGAAACGCGUCCUAAGCGAGAUCUCCAGGCAGAAGGACAAGAAGAACCGUCAGGUCUCAGAUCAGAUCCGGCAGCUGGAAAUCCAGAAGAAGAUGUUGUCCACGAAGAUUCUCCACAUUGAAGACAUCUGCAGCAAGAUGGAUCCCUCUACUAUCUUAGAGGGGUGGGAAUGGAAAAAAGCCGGUAAUGUUGCUCAGACGGGACACCAUAAAGAUAGAAGGAGAAGUAAAGGAGCCUGUACCUGGGGUUACUUAGAUGAAGGUCACGUCACAGUGACCCUGCACCAAGUCUUGGCGGGCAUUAUGACCCGAGUAAGGGUGGGACGCUGCGUGCCGGAGGCUUCGGGCAUCUCGCUGGAUGAGAAUACGGCGGGAGAUUAUGUGGUUCUCUCGCGCGACUCAAAAACAGCCUCCUGGUCACAAAUUAACCAGAAACGCUUAGAAACCCCGGAGAGGUUUUGUUUUUACCAAGUUUUAAGCACCCGAGGAUUUUCCUCAGGCCAGCAUUACUGGGAAGUAGACACCAGUUCUUCGGGAAACUGGAUGCUGGGCAUGGCCUAUCCCAGUAUAGACAGGAAGGGACACCAGGCCUUCCUUGGCUUUUCCGACAAAUCCUGGUGUCUGGGUUUACGUCAUAAAGAUUAUUCGCUGAUGCACAACUCCAAGGGAAAGCCACUAAAAUCCGACUCCCCGCUGCAGAGAUUGGGGAUAUACCUGGAUUACGAGGCCGGCCGGCUCUCCUUUUACCAGCUCAGUGACCCCAUCAGACACUUACACACCUUCGGGGCCGCGUUCUCCGAGCCGCUUCAUGCCGCGUUCUUUGUGGAGCAUGAAGGUUGGGUAAAAAUCACGAGCUGAGGA